AAUGUUUUUAGUUGCUUUCUCCUCCUUCCACAUUGCAUAACCCACCCACACCCACACCCACCUGUAACAGUACACGGAAAUGGCGGCAGCGGCGUCUCUGGGCUACUUCACCGGCGUUUCGAGGUCUGUACCCAGCAGCACCAGCAGCAGCAGCUCCCCGGCCUCCACCUACAAGAGCCCCGUCGCCCUCUUCUCCAGGAAGAAGGCGCCUCCUCCGCCGCCCAAGUCUAAGGCUUCUGCAGUUGCUCCCGCCGACGACGAGCUCGCCAAGUGGUACGGUCCCGACAGGAGAAUCUUCUUGCCGGAAGGGCUCUUGGACCGAUCGGAGAUUCCAGAGUACCUCACCGGAGAGGUUCCCGGAGAUUAUGGGUACGAUCCUUUUGGGCUUAGCAAGAAGCCAGAAAACUUCGCCAAGUAUCAAGCAUAUGAGCUAAUUCACGCGAGGUGGGCCAUGCUGGGGGCUGCUGGCUUCAUCAUCCCUGAGGCCUUCAACAAAUUUGGAGCCAACUGUGGCCCUGAAGCUGUCUGGUUCAAGACCGGAGCUCUACUCCUGGAUGGGAACACUUUGAAUUACUUUGGAAAGAACAUUCCCAUCAAUCUGAUUGUGGCUGUCGUUGCUGAAAUCGUUCUGGUUGGUGGGGCUGAAUACUACAGAAUUAUCAAUGGCUUGGAUUUGGAGGACAAGCUUCAUCCUGGCGGUCCAUUUGACCCCCUGGGGCUGGCCAAGGAUCCAGACCAGGCCGCCAUCCUCAAAGUGAAGGAGAUCAAGAAUGGCAGGCUGGCCAUGUUCGCGAUGCUCGGCUUCUUCUUCCAAGCUUAUGUAACCGGGGAAGGCCCUGUCGAGAACCUAGCUAAGCAUCUAAGCGAUCCAUUCGGCAACAACUUGCUCACUGUUCUUGCUGGCACUGCUGAAAGAGCUCCUACCCUAUGAUUUCUCUUCUCCUAAUUAGCCACCAAACCUCAAUCCUUGUACAACUCUUGCGGCUUUUCUGGGCAUUUAACCAUGCUCCAAGUGCUUAAACCAGCCCCGCUGUAUUAAUGUACUCUACAGACAUUAUUCAACUGUGCUAUUUUCUUCUUC